UAUAGAUUUGUGGCGUUCCGAUUUGUGUCGGGUGUAGUGACACGUACAUGUUUUACUAAUCACAUAUUUAUAUGUUUACGUUUCUUUCAUAUUGCUAAAAUUUUAUUAAAUUCAAUACAGUGAGAACGGAACGUAAGCAUUCAUAUCUUAAGAUGCAUUACACUUAAAACGUUUGUGUAUGCCUGAAAGUGUAGAUUUAUAUCCAAAGGAGGUUAUUCACUAGUAUAUGUAGAGUGUGUAUUGUUUUUAAGACGGAUUAUUAGCUAAAUAUUGAUAUGAGGCAGUCAUCAAGUGCAUUUCUGAGAAUUGCAAGGCAUUUGAAUUACCGACGCACCUUUCUAGCCCGUGACUGCACACGUGUUGAUAUUCCUUCCCUUCCAUUUGAAGCGUUUGAUAGUUCAGGAACGAAAAUAAAUCCAUGGAGUAUCCUUACCCUUGUAGAGUCAGUUCGGUCUUUCAGUUUUUCCCAGUAUGCAACAGUGGGCCAACCACGCCGCUCAACUCUCGACUUCCACGAGAUCUUGGAUACACACUUGAUUUUUAUCGUUGGGGCUACCGUCGACAUAAAGCGACCCUGUCAUGAUUUUGAAGGACCGAAAUUCCCUCUUUAUGUUAUUGAGAAACUGAAGUAUUUAGGGAAAUCUUCAAAGACGCUAUCAUAUGAAAUUUAUGAUUGCAGUACAGACACGUUACAGGUGUCAUGCGAUCUGACGGACGUUCUUGUUUCUGGCGUAAGUCGAAAACCUGUCGCUUAUCCAGCCUGGUGGUUGCAAAAGCACGGUGACCUCAUAACACCAGAAAAGGCAAAGCUCUCGGAAGACCCUAUACCAACUGGACAACCUGCAGUAUCAGAGGUCAAGGUUAAAUCUGGAGAUAUAGAUACAUUCCAGCACACCAACUGGGCUUCGUAUCUGAAGUUCUGUUAUGAAAGUUUGACGGAACAUGCGACGGAUAAUUCAUAUGAACAAAUGAACAUACAGCGUCUUACCGCUGGUGUAAAGUCUUGUAAGCUAAUAUACAAAGACGAAACAAACUUUGGGGAUAAUUUGACGGUGAAAUCAUGGAAUUCUGAUUCACAGGAAACUAGAGUAAUAUUUAAUGUGUUGAAAGACAAAAAGUUAUGCAUGUAUUGUGAUAUCGAUUUCUAUUGAGAUGAGUUCCAUACUGUGCUGCUUAUUUAAGAAAUAACAUAACAGAAGUUAUAAGGAAUAACAUAAUAACAGAAGUGUGUUUAAUUAAUUUUAACACUAGGAAGAUUUUAAACGUACCGCUCAGUGAUUAUUGCCUGCGACGUAUAUAGCCAAAUCUGAAUUUUUAAAGUAAUAAAGCACGCUUCAGAUAUAUAUUAUUUCGAUUCCAUUAUGUCAUAUAAGUUAGUAGAGCAAGUAUGUUAGCUCUGGUUGUUGGUCGUUAAUAUAAGUAGGCGGACAUGGCGUCACUGAACAGUAUGUUUGAACGUGUACCAUACAUCAUUACGUCAUGUUUGUCAGAGGUUCAUUAGUUAUAUCUUUAUUAUCAGUUAAUAAACUCGAUGUUUUCAUAAAAUAUAUAAACAGUG